AUGUGGCUUGGACACGGCACCGAAACUUCUGUGCGUCGUCUUGGGGCCAGCUGGGCACAACGAACAUCGACGACGAUACUAACAACAACGCAACGACGAUUCGUCUUGGGUAUCGAGGCUUGGCAAGGCUGGUUCCCAACGUAUCGCAGCAGGCAGUGCAUGUUCCAAGAAAAAGCGGAGAAGCGGAAAAUCAAGACAACGCUGAACAAGAGCCGAACAACAACGCCUUUGCAAAUUUCCGUAUUAGGCUGUCUGUCGGUCAACUCGGGAAAGCGGAUUACCAAGACCGAGAGGGCUAGCCCUAGCCUUCCAACAUAA